AUGUCAAGACCUACAAGACAAUCAGCAACAACAUCAUCAACAACAACAACAGCAACCACCACCAUAACCCUAGAACCACCAGCUCCGUCGCAAACAACAACCCUAACGCUAACCCUCAACCCUAGGAAGAAGAAGGUGACGUGGAAAGAAGGUACCGUCGAUAACGAAUUCAUGCAGAAGAAAAGCUCCAAGAAAUGCUGCAUCUUUCACAAAGAAAAACCCUUCGAUGAAGAUACCAGCGACGAUGAAGAUUGUCAUGAUCAUGAUCAUGAUCAUGAUUGUGGCGGAUCGAAGAAGGAGGAUGACGGAGCAUCGACGAGCUAG